GAAAAUUUGUAAACAAACCCUUUCGGAACGAAAUCAACAUAACGCGUACCGUGAUCAGCUAAUCCUUGAAUCAGUCGUUCUUUGCAUUGCUUGAGCUGAUGUCUGCCGAAUCGAAGCGUCCCAGGAUGGACAAUAGCAAACCCGCGAAGAAAGGCAAAACGGACACUCGAAACUACUACGCCAAGGCAUACGGCUCUCACAAGAAGUCUUACUUGGAACCAGGGCAGCAUGGCUUUCUGGUAACUUGUAAUAUGAGAGAGAAAGAAUGCGUUCGAGACAGCUUUCGUUUGCUCAAUGAAUACGCGGAUGAAUUGUACGGGAAAAUAGGAGGAGAGGAUCUUGCAAAAAAAGUUCCCGCUGUCGACGAUCAAGAUGACGAGGAAGACAUUUCCGUUCUGGUAGAGAAACAGGCUGAGACCGUCCGGACCGAGAAGCGUCAGUUCCGGUUUGAGUCAGUCGAAACCGGAGCCAAAAACUGUUGCUUCAUUACAACCGUUCUGAAUGAUCCAAAGGAGUUAGCGUUAAAAAUUGUCCGCGAUUUGACUGAAAGCAAGAAGUUGAAAAGUCGCAACAUUUUGCGGCUAAUGCCGAUCGAGGUGGUAACCAAGGCCAAUCUGAAGGACAUCAUCGACGCGGCUGGAGGAUUAUUCGACCGUUACUUCCUAAAGGAACCGAAGACGUUUGCCAUCGUGUUCAACCGACGGUACAACAAUAGUAUCGACAGGGACGGCGUGAUCAAUGAGCUGGCUGGUUUGAUCAGUGCCAAAAAUAUCGGAAAUAAAGCAAACCUGAAGCAUCCGGAGUUGGCCGUCAUUGUUGAGAUUAUCAAGGGACUGUGUCUCAUCAGCGUUGUGCCGGAGUACUACGAGUUCCGGAAGUACAAUUUGGUGGAGAUUUGCUCCCAGAAGGAAGAACAGACGAAGGAAACUACCGAACAAACGCAAGAAACUGCUCCGGAUCAAGACCCCAAGGUUGAUCAUGAUUUAUCUGAGGAACUGAUUACGAAGGAAACGAACAAUUAAUUUUGUUGUUUUUAUUUAAAUUUUAUUUUAUGCUUUCGAUCAUAAACAAAAAUUAAAACUGAA